AUGGUCCCCAAGACUAGGAGAUCUGUUUGGCUUCAGUGGUUUUAUGAGAGGGCUUCUUCUCGAACAUAUCGACCAGACAGGAAAACUAUUGCUGCACUUUUCAACGUUACCCGCGAUGAUAUGUUCUAUCCCAAGCGAAAUUGGACACUAUCAGCAAAGGAGCAUCUGAACCGAAGUUUGAGUGAAGAUGGCCUCAUCAGGCAAUUGCUGUCGUCGAAACCAACCUCUUUUCUGUCACAUCCGCUUCCUGAAUGCUCUAAUACAAUUUCGUGCCCUACUGGUUUCGAGUGUGGGAUCAACUAUCACCCACCCACAGUGGUACCAGGGGGUGAUCUUGCUAAGGAACAACGUGCAGCGUGUACGAUCAGCAAUAACACAACUAUGGCAGAGGUUUUCUCCCGAAUUGACCACAAAUUUGAUCGCAUGUAUGCCAAGAGAGCAUUUGUUCACUCGUACGUGGGUGAAGGAAUGGAGGAAGGUGAAUUCUCAGAAGCCCAUGAAGAUCUUGCUGCUCUCGAGAAAGACUACGAGGAAGUUGGGGCAGAAGGUGCCGAAGAUGAAGAAGAACCAAGAGAUUAGUAGAUCUGUAUUUCAUGAAAGCAGCAGCUAAUGGUCUAUGAUGUUCCUCAUCUCAUUUCAUUUCCUAUUUUUAUUAUUGUAAAUUUGUCCAUGUACUUCAUCUGUUGAAUUUUUCUACCUUUGUUUG